AUGCACGACAGAAUAAGUAACGAAAAGUCGUUUAUGCCGGAGCGAGUACCUGGAAAGCCCAAUGUCUCCGUAGAGCAAGAUUACUUUUCGAGGUCCGACAUAAAGCCGUUCCGAUCACUUUCCACGAUCGAGCGGCCAAAAGCUACGUCGAAAAACCCGUCCUCACUGCCGCUAAACUUUGAGCCAAGCGAAUUUCUUUUGAGCAGCCACUCGUUCAAUCUCCGCGCAGGUCACCAAGUUGACUCGUCUCUGGUGUUGUGGAACAAGAAGAGACAAGCACGAGCAACUGCGAUUUUGGCAUCGUUCAUCGCGCUGAACAAUUUUGCUGCUCCCCCUUCGUCUGGCGACAAGGAGUACUUUUUCUUUGCAAGUGAGUUGGCCGAAACGCAGUAUGCGUUCUCGGAUCAUGCCGUCAGUGCGGUCGGCACAGAGCGUACCGACGGUGGUGCAAAGAAGUCAAUUUUGUGUGGUGACAUGGCACAAGUGCUCCCGAUCCACUAUGAUGGCGUGCCUGACGACGACGUCCCGUUGUUUUAUCUUCACAGCGACGACAUCCUACUCUAUACACCGGAAGUGGAGCCUGUUUAUCAUAUCAAGGCGAGGCCGUGGAAAUUAUAUCCGGGUCCGUUUGGUAAACGCAAACAAGUUUGCUUCUCCGACAUUACCAUCGGAAAGCUGUCCGAGGAGGAAAAGAGGCGCUGGCCAAGCGACAGCGUUUUUGCGAAGAGGCGGACGCAUGGAACCGGGUUACGAACUAAAAGCCAGACAAUCUGGACGAGCCGAAUGCUGCUAUUGUCAAACUAUUGCGGACGUCGAUUGUGGGCGAGAGAAGGCAAGAAUCAGCUGACGCCGCACAUUCUGUUCCGCACAUACUGA